AUGAAUUUGUCAAUAUUUUUCGUCCUUUUGGUCCUGUUCCCCUUGGCGUAUGGCAGACUCAUCGAUCGGAGAGCCCGAAUUAUACGUUCGAAAUAUAAGAGACCGGAUAAGAGGGGAAACUAUUAUUAUGCUUUUGAAACAACGAAUCGAAUUCAAGUCCAGGAGGCCGGUAAUCCCGUAGGAGUAACGGGUGAGGUGAAUUAUGUUUCACCUGAAGGUCGUGUCAUUGAAUUGAAAUAUACUGCCGAUGAGAAUGGCUUCCAUCCCGUGGGUAAACAUCUGCCAACACCGCCACCCAUUCCCGAUUAUAUUCUCCGAUCAUUGGAAUACAUAAAAGCUCAUCCCAAUUCGGAAAAUCGUGGAAUGCAAAUGAAGCCGAAGAAGACGAGGUCUAGGAAAUAUGGGCGUAAUAAGAAACGGAUGUAG